GCUUAUCGCCUGUCAAAUUGAACAUAACCUCAUCUGAUUUCACGUGUAUCUGUUUACAGGUUGAGGCAUAGCGUCAAGCUAACGUGCAUAUUUUGGAGAAAAACAAAUCGAAAAGAAAUUUAAUUAGAAAAAUAAAAAGUACAAACUCAAAAUGGUGAAAAAGAAAAUUGAUAAUCGUAUUCGGGUAAUGAUCGAAAAUGGCGUUAAACUGGGUCAUCGUACUAUGUUUAUUAUUGUCGGCGACAAAGCACGAGAUCAGGUACCAAUUCUCUAUGAUAUGCUAACAAAAUCCUCAGUGAAGGCAAGACCUUCAGUCCUAUGGUGCUAUAAAACCAAAGAUGAAACCAUUUCAAACCAUGGCAAAAAACGAGCAAAGAAAAUCCAAGCCGGCAAAAUCGAUGUGAAUGAAGCUGAUCUAUUCGAUACGUUCCGUGUAUCGACCACAAUUCAUGGUCGUUAUUAUUCAGAAACACACACAAUCUUGGGUAGAACAUACGGCGUUUGUGUUUUGCAAGAUUUCGAAGCACUGACACCAAAUUUGUUGGCACGUACGGUUGAGACAGUGGAAGGUGGUGGUCUUAUUAUUUUAUUGCUCAAAUCGAUUAGUUCGUUGAAACAAUUGUACACGAUGAGUAUGGAUGUGCACAAGCGGUAUCGAACGGAAGCCCAUCAAAAUGUUACGUGUCGUUUCAACGAACGUUUAAUAUUAUCGUUGGCCGAUUGUAAUCGAUGCUUGUUGGUCAAUGAUGACUUAACCGUUUUGCCGUUGAGCUCAAAGACCGCAAAUGUGCAUCCGGUUGAUGUUAGCGAUGGCCGUUCGCAUGAAAGUGAACUUUUGGCUGAAUUAAAGGAGAAUUUGCGCGAUACACCCCCUGCUGGACCACUUGUAAAUCUAUGCAGAACACAUGAUCAAGCCAAAGCAGUUGCUCAGUUUAUUGAUGCAUUGGCCGAGAAGCAAGUAAAACCACCAACAUCUUUAACAGCGGCCCGUGGUCGUGGUAAAUCAGCUGCAAUGGGGCUUUCAAUGGCCGCUGCUGUUGCUUUUGGUUAUGUCAACAUUUACGUUACAUCACCACAUCCUGAGAAUUUAAUUACAUUGUUUGAGUUUGUGCUGAAAGGUUUUGAUGCACUCGAAUACCAAGAGCAUGCUGAUUACUCCAUUAUUCGAUCGACCAAUCCGGAUUUCAAAAAGGCAGUCAUUCGCAUUAACAUCUCACGAAACAGUCGGCAGACCAUACAAUAUAUUUCGCCAACUGACACGCAUCUUUUGAAUGCAGCCGACUUGUUGGUCAUUGACGAAGCUGCAGCCAUUCCGUUUUCAUGUGUGAAAAAUAUGCUCGGACCAUACUUGAUUUUCAUGGCAUCGACCAUCAACGGUUAUGAAGGAACGGGCCGAUCGUUGAGUUUGAAAUUGAUGUCGCAAAUUCAAAAGGAACACAAUGCACCACCACCGAUUAAACUGGAAGAGUCGAUUCGUUAUAAACCCGGCGAUGUCAUCGAAUCUUGGCUAACAUCGCUGUUGUGUUUAGACGCCACCAUUGUACCGAAUCUAAAUUCGGGUUGUCCAACUCCAGAUGCCUGUGAACUGUAUUAUGUGGAUCGUGAUGCUUUAUUCUCAUAUCAUCGAGCGGCCGAAGCAUUUUUGCAGCGUUUAGUAUCGAUUUAUGUAUCAUCACAUUACAAAAACAGUCCGAACGAUUUGCAAAUGAUGAGCGAUGCCCCAGCGCAUCAUAUUUUCUGUUUGCUUGGACCAAUCACAAAGAAAGAUGCAUUGCCUGAAAUUCUAGUGGUGAUUCAAGUGUGUCUGGAAGGUCAAAUCUCUUCGGACAGCGUGACUGAUUCAUUGUCACGUGGUCGAAAAGCAGUGGGUGACCUAAUACCUUGGUCGGUGUCAGAGCAAUUCAACGACAGAGAUUUCCCGAAACUGGCCGGAGCUCGAGUGGUUCGGAUUGCAACACAUCCAAAUUAUCAACGGAUGGGCUAUGGUAAACGAGCAUUAAAAUUGUUGAAGAACUAUUAUGCUGGACAAUUUACGUCAUUGAGCGAAAAAGAUUUAUCAGACGACGAAGAUGGCUUCCAGGAAAUUGAUGACGAUGAAAUUGGCCUAUUGAAAGAAACAAUUGCACCGCGUAAAAAAAUCCCAACUCUUCUGAAGCGCUUAUCUGAACGACGCCCAGAACGAUUAGACUAUAUUGGUACAGCCUAUGGGCUUACGGGAGAGUUAUUGAAAUUCUGGAAAAGUCAAAAAUUCGUACCAGUUUAUUUGAGUCAAAAAGCGAACGAUUUAACUGGAGAAUAUUCAACAAUUAUGAUAUCCAUUCUGAAGACUGACAAAUUCGAAUCAGAUUGGUUGUCAAUGUACUUCCGCGAUUUUCGUCGUCGACUCAUCAAAUUGUUGGCAAAAACUUUCCAAAGUUUCACAACUGGGUUGGCUUUGUCAUUGCUUGAUAACAAAGCCGUCACCGUUAAGAAUGAACCUCUAACACAACAGAUCAUCGACAUGUUAUUCAUUCCGCAUGAUCUUCAGCGUUUAGAAUCGUACACCCGAAACCAAGUGGAAUAUCGUUUAAUUUUAGAUUUGACAACCGAUUUGAGUCAACUUAUAUUUGAGGGUAAAAUGAAUGAUGUUCCAAUUGAUUCACUGCAAAAAGCCAUCCUCCUUGGAAUCGGUUUGCAAAAUAAAACGUUGGAUAAAUUAUCCGAAGAAUUCAAUAUGCCAGUCAAUCAAAUAUUGGCCAAAUUCUAUGAUUGUUGUAAGAAAUUAACAAAGAAGUUGGACUCAGUGAGUGAAUCAACGAUAGAAAAGACAAUGAUAAAAGAGAGUGAUUUGAAUAUGGGCGAUUCGAUGACACCAACCGCACAAUCAUUUGCCGAAGAACUAGAAGAAGGUGCUAAAAAAUUGGCCAAAGCUCAGAAAAAAGAGCUGAAACGGCUAAAAAAUGAGAAUUUGAGCGCAUACGCGAUCAAAGGAACGGACGAAGAAUGGGGUAGAGCUAUAACCGGCAACAAAUCGGGUAUCAUCUCCGUUAAAAGCGGUGAAAAGCGGCUCAAUGACCCCGUAAAUCUGGACGAUUUCAAAGAACCAGACGCAAAGAAAAAGAAAGUAAAGAACAACAAAAAGAAUAGAAAAAGCAGCGCCUUUUAAUAUCGAUAUUUUUCAAUAUGUUUAUUAAGUGAUACCUUCAAAUAUGGGGUAUUUCAUAACAUAAUGCAUUAAUAAAAUCAUUUUUGAAUCUAUCAUCCUCAAAA